AUGAAACGGAAGCUUGAGAAAUCUCACACAAAAAGUCGAAAGCUUAGUGUUCACGAAAGUGAUGAAGACGAGGAGCAACCAUUGGCGAAACGCGCUACCAUUCUUUUACCCAAUGGUGAGGAUUCGCGCAGUCGAAUUUGUCCCUAUUUGGACACAAUAAAUAGACACUUAUUGGACUUCGACUUCGAAAAAUUGUGCUCGGUUUCCCUAACACAUUUAAAUGUGUAUGCCUGUUUAGUUUGUGGGAAAUAUUUUCAGGGUCGAGGAACUUCAACACAUGCUUACACGCACAGCGUGAGUGAAGGUCAUCAUGUUUUCCUAAAUCUGGAAACGCAUCGUUUCUACUGUCUACCGGAUGAUUACGAGAUUAUCGAUGGCUCCUUGGACGACAUAACAUACUUGCUCAAUCCGACUUUUACGCGUUCGGACAUCGUUUCUCUGGACAUCAAUCCUCGUAUGAUGCGGGCCUACAAUGGCCUCACUUAUCAUCAGGGUUUUGUCGGAUUGAAUAAUAUAAAGGCUAACGACUAUUGCAAUGUGAUUUUGCAAAUGCUGAGCCAUGUCAGUCCGUUGCGCGACUACUUCUUGGAUGUAAAUAAUUACAAAAGUCUCUUGACUACAUCCAGUGACCAAAUGCAUUUGCUAGUUCAACGAUUCGGUGAACUAAUUCGCAAACUCUGGAACCCAAGACAUUUCAAAACACACGUGUCUCCUCAUGAAUUUCUACAGGUGAGCUCUUAUUCAUCAUUAACCACCUCGGAUAUCAAAUUUUUCUAUCUCACUUGUGAUUUGCCACCGCCUCCUCUCUAUCUGGAUGAGUUCAAAGAAAGUAUUAUUCCUCAAGUCUCGUUGGCGUCGCUUCUUACGAAAUUCAAUGGGACUACCGAAAAGGAAUAUAAAACGCAUAGGGACUCCAUCAUGCGUCGUUUCGAGUUGCGUCGGCUUCCACCUUAUCUUAUACUUUACAUGAAACGUUUUGUUAAAAACAUCUUCACCUUGGAAAAGAAUCCGACCAUCGUUAAUUUCCCAAUCAAAAGUAUNNNAACACCGGAGUGCCGAUCACAGCACAAGCACACCACUUACGACUUGGUGGCUAAUGUCGUUCAUGAUGGUCCACCCACACCUGGUUCCGGCACUCACCGUGUCCAUCUUUUACAUCGGGGAACUGGGAAGUGGUUUGAAUUACAGGAUUUACACGUAACGGAAGUACUCCCGCAGAUGAUCCCUCUCAGUGAAACGUUGGUGCAGGUAACUCGAUCUAUGCGCUUCCUUUUUGUUUGUUUGUCUUUCUCUCCAGAAGCAAAUCGCUAUAUUCGCCCUUAA